AUGUCGGGCACUGUUUACAACGAAGUCGAGCCCUCUAUGAAGCUAAAAAAGCGGAAGAGAAAUCGGACCGGAAUCGAGAACGGGUCUACGAACGGAUCAGUGAAUGGUGAGGUGAAUGGUGCUCAGAACAGUGGCAGCAGAAGUGCUAACGAUUGGCCCCCAUCUCUUCAACAGUUUGUACAAGAUAGUUUCACAUUAACAAGCACAUUCUCUGAGCAGAGCAAAGCCAUUUUUCAAUCGCAAUUGCUGCAGUUGAUAACGAUGGCUUUAGCUGAGAACAAGCUUUGGACCAAUGACUGGAGCAAGCAGAAACUACCAAUUCUACAUGGAGUCAGUGAGAUUAGAUUGGUGCCCACAGUAUCUUCUAUUCCUUCUAUACCUUCUAUACCUUCUAUUCCUUCCAUACCUCCAACUCCCACAAGAUCAGCACAGGUAGAGCCCCCCAGCACCCCCACUGCUGCUAUAGACAUAAACUCCAAGUAUGAUUCCAAGAACCGUAAACGUCAGAGAAUGGAAAGGUUCGGUACCGAGUCUCCCCAACCGCUUCCAACUAAACCAGCGUACUCGUUUUCCACAUCCAACUCGAAUUCAAGAGUAAUAGUGGGGAGUUGCCAAGAAUUGGAGAAGCACUACUUGAGACUUACUUCUGAACCAGACCCAAGCAGAGUCAGACCCGAGUACGUCUUACAAAAGGCAAUGAAGUUCAUACUUGAGAAGUACAAGCAGAAGAUGUCGGAUGCGGCAGCUGGUCUCUUACCCUCACACUCCUCACCAUACUCAUACAUCAAUGACCAAUUUAAAUCGAUCAGACAAGAUCUUACUGUGCAGCACAUCAAAAAUGAUUUCACCAUCCAUGUUUAUGAGACGCAUGGCCGUAUAGCCAUUGAAAACAAUGACUUGGGGGAGUUCAACCAGUGCCAAUCUCAAUUGAAAUUCUUGUAUGACUUAAAGAGGAAACAAGGUGGGAUAAUAGAUGAAAACUUUAUGAAUUUGGAAUUGGAAUUCAUUUGUUACAGAAUUCUCUACAUGUUGAUGACUGGGAACAAUUCCGAAAUCUACAAAAUUAAAUUAGAAAUCUACGAUACUAACAAUAGCACUAGCAACAAGAAUAGGAAAUCGGUACGAUUUUACAAAUGUGUGGAAGCAUUAUUCAAUUUGCAGAGUUGUAUUAUAAGAGGCAACUAUUAUCACUUCUUCAGGAUAUAUAGAUUCCUCAAGUCCAAGUCCUAUAUGAAAUUGGGGUGCAAAUUAAUUGAAAACUUUCUUAUAGAGAAGCAACGGAUCAAGACUCUUAACAUAUUAUCAAGACUGUACAGAAAAGUCAGUAUACAGUACUUACUUGAAGUUCUAGACUACGUGAUCAAGGGAGAAGCUGAGUGUAUGAAGUUUUUAUCAAAGUAUAAGCUAGAUGUGUUUGUUUCAAAUGGAGAAUUUGACUGUGUUCAAUCCCGAGGAGUGUUGCUGGGGAUCAUUGUUCAGCAAGGGUUCAAGAAAAUAGAUAUUAAGGGUCAAGUUUAG